GCGCUCUCUGACUGGGGAAGCUUCCACGGCAUUGAUGGUUUGGACAGACAAAAUCCUCAGCACUGCACCACCACCCUCUCGUUCUUUAAUCAUUGUCGAAGCACGAACCCUCAGAAAACUUGCUUGCCAUUCUUCUUCCUUGUUAAUUAAUCAAUCCAUUUCAAGAACAGGAGAAGAUACCCCCACUCGGAUCACCACCAAGAAAAUCUUAGUCGGCAAGCCUAUCUAUAUCAACGUCUCACCUCACUCCUCUCUCUCUCUCUCUCUCCUCUCCUCCUCCUCCUCCUCCUCCUCCUCUGUUUUUUGGUGGGAAAAAAAGCCUGCAUUUUUACCCUCCUCUGCUUUCGUUAUCCACUGUUCAUGGGCCUCUUCGCCUUGCACCUUGCUGCCGUUAGGAUAACUCUGUGCUGGGCGGCCUGAUGUUUGUGGCCAGUUUCUUUGUGGCUUGCCCAUCAACUUUCUUGCCUCUUUUUUCUUGGGCCAUGUACGAGGAGAGGUUCAGCUUCGUAGGUUUAAGUUUCUGUUGAACAUGCAUUCGUUUGGUUUUCAUAUCUGCCCAAAUCAGUCAAUAAUUUGAAGUGAGAAACGGGAACAGAAUCGUCAAGGUAGGCAAACAAUCUCCUCUAGCAACUGUGUUUGCUAUUGCAAUUAGCAACUCUCAAAGUUUGAUGUUUUCCGUUUAGAAAUUCUGCCAAUUUUUCCAAUACGGGAUGUAUAUCGAGAUUUUUCCGGCUUACCCUUCGGGAUAAUAUUCUAAGACAAUCUGGGUAAUGGAGAAACAUAAGAUGGACAAUAGCUCCCCUGUUGGAGUUCUGGAGGACUUUCUGAGGAGCAGCGAGUCGGACACCAAUUCGACCACCUCGGACUCCGAAGCCCGGAAAGAUGGGAAACAUGCUUCCCGCUGGCGCGGGCUCGUCCACUUUUUGAGGACAAAGUCGAAGAAACAAUCGCCCCCGAUGCAUCCGUUCGUCGGCCUAAAGCCCCGAUUCAGAAGAAGCAGCAGCAUGAGGGAGAUGAUUGCCUUCGCACCGUGCUUCCUGUCGAGAGACAAUGAAUUUAGCAGGACUUCUUGGAAAUAUUUCACCCUCCCCGAGCUCCAAGCUGCGACUAACAAUUUCAGCCCCGAGCGCCUAAUUGGGAAGGGUGGUUAUGCUGAGGUUUACAAGGGGCAGCUGAGGAACGGGCAACUCGUGGCGAUUAAACGACUCAUGCGAGGGACGCCAGACGAGAUAAUAGGUGAUUUCCUUUCCGAGCUUGGAAUUAUGGCCCAUGUCAAUCACCGGAACACUGCCAAGUUGGUCGGUUAUGGGGUCGAAGGCGGAAUGCAUCUGGUCCUCGAGUUAUCGCCUCAUGGAAGCCUGGCCUCUGUGCUAUAUGGUGCAAAAGAAACACUGGAGUGGCAGAUGCGAUAUAAGAUUGCGUUAGGAACUGCCGAGGGUUUAUUGUACCUUCACGAAGGUUGUCAGAGGCGAAUCAUCCAUAGAGACAUAAAAGCUGCAAAUAUUUUGCUUACUGAAGACUUUGAGCCUCAGAUCUGCGACUUUGGACUCGCCAAAUGGCUUCCGGAGAAAUGGACCCACCACACCGUGUCGAAAUUUGAAGGCACAUUCGGCUAUCUUGCUCCGGAGUACUUGAUGCACGGCAUAGUGGACGAGAAGACCGACGUCUUUGCUUUCGGUGUGCUUCUGUUGGAACUAGUCACUGGCCGCCGAGCGCUAGAUUAUGCGCAGCAAAGCCUUGUCCUUUGGGCAAAACCUUUGCUCAGGAAGAAUAACAUCAGAGAGCUCUUGGAUCCUGCACUUUGCAGCAACUACAACGCGAGGCAGAUCAAUCUGGUGCUCUUGGCUGCAUCGCUCUGCUUACAACAGUCUUCAAUUCGACGGCCCAGCAUAAGCGAGGCAACGCAAAUUCUGAAUGGUGACCUGAGCUGUCUGAAGUGCAUGAGGAAGAUCCGAACCCCGUUCUUCCGCAAAGCUUUUGGGGAAGAAUGCCACGACUCAAUCAAAGAUCACGACAGUCCGAGGCAUGCCUUGGCUUGAAGACGGAGCUCCACGAUUCAUGUCUCGUCGUCUUCUGCGAACAAGCGUGGCGAAUAGAGCUAUUUCCCAGAUUUGGUUUGUAAGGCAGCACUACUGUCUCACCUUAUCUAAUACCAAAAGUUGUUUUCUUGAUGUGAACAGGACAUGGGGAACAAAAUUUUGCAGUAGGAGGGAAGAAGAUGAUGCCCCUCUAAAGCUAUGUACAUAGAAUCUUAGAGAAAAUAGGAAAAGGAAGAAUCCUAGAAAAUAGGAGAUGGGCGUUUUUUGGGAUCUAUUCUACGCAAUGGGAGAUUAGGAGGGGCAAGAUAAAGUAGCUUUGCCUCGUUAAAGCGCCAUCUUUUGCAGUAUUUAGCUGCCUCUGUUCAUUCUUUUUGUUCUUUUCAUCAUAUCACAUGUCAUAAUGUCUUUAUACGA